CAUGCGCGACGCGGGAUGCGCGCGCGCCUGCUGCUGGCGGCGCUGCUGCUCGCGGCGUGCGCAGGGUGCGCGGGCAACCCGGACGCCAAGCGACUGUACGACGACCUGCUCAGCAAUUACAACAAACUCGUGCGGCCCGUCCUCAACGUCAGCGACGCUCUCACCGUGCGCAUCAAGCUCAAGCUCAGCCAGCUCAUCGACGUGAAUCUCAAAAAUCAGAUCAUGACAACAAAUUUAUGGGUCGAACAGAGUUGGUACGACUACAAAUUGUCGUGGGAGCCGCGCGAGUACGGCGGCGUAGAGAUGUUGCACGUGCCCUCGGACCACAUCUGGCGCCCCGACAUCGUACUCUACAACAAUGCCGACGGCAACUUCGAAGUGACGCUGGCGACGAAAGCAACGCUGAACUACACGGGUCGUGUGGAGUGGCGCCCGCCCGCCAUUUACAAGUCCUCCUGUGAGAUCGACGUCGAGUAUUUUCCUUUUGACCAGCAAACGUGUGUUAUGAAGUUUGGUUCCUGGACAUACGAUGGCUUUCAGGUAGACUUGCGACAUAUCGAUGAAGUAAAGGGCACAAAUAUUGUCGAAUUAGGUGUUGAUCUAAGUGAAUUUUAUACGUCUGUCGAAUGGGAUAUUCUAGAAGUCCCAGCCGUGAGGAACGAGAAAUUUUACACGUGCUGUGACGAACCCUACCUAGACAUCACGUUUAACAUCACGAUGCGCCGUAAAACACUUUUCUACACUGUGAACCUCAUCAUCCCCUGUAUGGGCAUUUCGUUCCUGACAGUGUUGGUGUUCUAUCUGCCUUCCGACAGCGGUGAGAAAGUGUCGCUUUCGAUAUCCAUCCUGCUAUCGCUGACGGUGUUCUUCCUGCUGCUGGCCGAAAUAAUCCCGCCUACUUCACUCGUGGUGCCACUGCUCGGCAAGUUCGUGCUCUUCACCAUGAUCUUAGACACGUUCAGCAUCUGCGUGACGGUAGUGGUCCUCAAUGUGCACUUCCGGUCACCGCAGACACACACGAUGGCGCCGUGGGUGCGCCGCGUUUUUAUUCACGUGCUGCCACGGCUACUGGUCAUGCGGCGCCCGCACUGCCGCCUCGAUCCACACCGCAGCCGCUUUGCAGGGAUCAUCAGCGGCGAGGGCUGGUCACCCGCGCUGACGGCGGGCCCGGUGACACUCGGGGGCAUGGGGACUAUGGGGGCGGGCAGCUCGAGGUCGCUGGACGCAUCUUCACAGGGGGGCUCCGGCUGCCAGCUGCACGAGGUGGGCGGCGUGUGCGAAGCUUUGCGCCGCUGGCACCGCUGCCCCGAGCUGCACAAGGCCAUCGACGGCAUCAACUACAUCGCUGAACAAACGCGCAAGGAAGAGGAGUCUACGCGCGUGAAGGAGGAUUGGAAGUACGUGGCAAUGGUGCUAGACCGGUUAUUCCUGUGGAUCUUCACAUUGGCCGUGUUGGUUGGCUCGGCCGGAAUAAUCUUGCAGGCGCCCACGCUGUAUGACGAGCGCGCGCCCAUCGACGUCCGUCUCUCGGAGAUCGCCUACGCCGCCGCCAAGCCACGCCCGCCGCCGCCGCGUUGACCUCGUCGCCACCCCUCAUGUUCAUUGUAUAUAAAAUUCUAUUAAUAUAACUAUAGUUUAUACGACGAAAAUAACGUGAUCGAAUAUAAGUCGAAUUUCUUUUGAUAGACACGAAAUAAAUCGAUUGUUUACAA